AUCCAGAGCGUUUCGAUUCAACGUGUCAGUAUCAUCUGCUUGUUUCUGGUCUACUAUCAGCCUCUGCAAAUUCCCGUAGAUCCUUCAAAUCGAACGCCGAAAGUGGGAACAGGCAAUCCAUCAGAGAAAGUUCAAAAAACGUUACCGAUGGCGAACAGAGCUCAAAUUCGCACCAGCAACUCAGCUCUUAUUGCAAUGAUUGCCGACGAGGACACGGUGGUUGGAUUUCUGCUUGCUGGAGUGGGUAAUGUGGACUUGCGGAGAAAGACAAAUUAUCUUAUUGUGGACUCAAAAACCACUGUUAAACAAAUUGAAGAUGCAUUUAAAGAGUUCAUAGCAAGGGAGGAUAUUGCUGUUGUGCUGAUUAGCCAAUAUGUUGCAAAUAUGAUAAGGUUUCUGGUGGAUAGCUACAACAAGCCUGUUCCUGCAAUUUUGGAGAUUCCAUCCAAGGAUCAUCCCUACGAUCCUGCACAUGAUUCUGUUCUUUCACGAGUUAAAUACCUCUUCUCCACAGAAUCAGUGGCAUCUGGGAGGCGUUAAAUGCAGAUAUACACUUGAGCCGUCACUAUGUUAUCAUUUGUUUUAUUUCCUCCAUUAAUUGUAUAUCAUGACUUCCAUUAUUCUUUUCAGAGAGUUGCUAAUGGUUCUCUUGCUAGUUUCUAUAAGUUAGAAUGUGCAGCUUUUAUUUGGAGAUAUGCUUUGAUGGCGUUUUGAAUUGAAUAAACGAUGUUUGAAGAAACUUUUGGAGUUGGGAGGCGUCCAUCAUGCAACAGUUGUUGGAAGCCUACUUGUUAACGUAAUGAUAUAGUUUGGUAGAAAUGUCUUUCCCUUUGUUUUUGUUUUUGUAAAUAGGGCACGGGAAAUUGGAGAGCGGCCGGAUGGGGGUUGGAGGUUGGAAGAUUGGUCGAAAGAAAAAUUUUAUUCAUGUGGAAUGGAGAAGCCAAGCUAAGUGGAUGUAGUUGCCCAUUAAAUAGUUGUAACUCGUUGUUUUAGUCGUUUAAGCACAGGAUCUUGUAGUGCUGUUACAGGCCUGUAGCAGGCUAUCGUACCUGCUUUGGAUGAAUGAAAAUUUU